AUGUUCAGCCAUAAUUACAUGCUGACCAUGGAAGAAUUUAUCAACCAAGUCCUCACCGAGUUUAUCAUGGCGCUGGACAAGAGGUUGGCCCAGGAUCUUAACAUCAGCGUUCUCGCAACCGUUCGGCAUCCUGCAGAGAGGCGACGACCUCACUUUCUGCGAGAGAUAAGACGGCUCGACUCAUUCCGUCAAGAUCGUCCAGAAGUUCCACAAUACAACCACGUAUGCUGCCUUCAUGGCCAGGUCAGGAUAGGUCUUGCCUCUCUCAUCAAGAACGUCUUCGGCCUCAUUCAAGCUCACGGAGUUAAGUCACUACGAGACUUCAGAGCUAUGUGCACAUAUAAGGCGAAUAUGUGCAUCAAAUCCGGUAAGGAAGGCCGGUUCCACUUUUUCUCCAAACUUGAAGAAGCCUGCAAGGGCCAGGGCUCUCCGAUGCCUUACGGCAAACAGGUCGCGGAAGCAGGUAUCGUUCUCAACGCCGGAAGCGAUACUACAGCCAGCGGACUGACAAACACAGUUGUCCUGCUGGCAAAACACUCGCUAGCGCUCCGCAAACUUCGCCGGGAGCUCGAGGGGGCAUGGCUGCGGACGAGAACGCAUCAGAAUUUGACAAGAGCAACCAUAUGUGGCCGUUUCAUUCCCGGAGGCGUCACCGUCUCCGCGCCAAUUCUAAAGCUCAACAGGAACCCGAAUCUCUUCUCCAACCCCGACGAAUUCCACCCUGACAGAUGGUUCGACAAGAAGCAACUUCCCAAUCUCAUGAAAUGCGUCCAGCCAUUCUCGAUCGGCGGCAGGGGCUGCGUUGGGAGGAACCUGGCGAUGAUCGAGCUGACCAAGGUCGUCGCCACCGUGGUGAACAGAUACGAGUUGCAGCUCUUACAGGAUGAGUUGCCUUUUAUGGCGAGAUUCAAUAUGAACCCGGGUGAAGGUGGUGAGGGGAUGCGGGUAAUAGAUUCAUUGAUUCAUCUUCCUCUUUGA